AUGACUAAAGCGUAUAGAAAAGAAGAUUUUGAUUACAUUAUGUCAAAGGUUGGAAAGGUUGAUCCAAGGGUUAAGGAAUAUUUAGAUGAAGCUGGCUAUGAGAAAUGGUCUCGAUGUCACGCCCCUGUUAAUAGAGGUAGAAUGAUGACCUCUAAUAUAGCUGAAUGUAUUAACGGUUGUUUGGUAAAGGUUAGAGUACUUCCUAUUUUAGGUUUCCUUGAAGAAGUGAGGAUUCUAUUUGCUGCAUGGAAUUGUAAGAACAGUGAAAUUGCAUCUUAUACAAACACAACGCUUGGGAGAAGAUUUCAAGAAAUACUAACUCAUAAUGGGGUUAAAUCGUUGCGGAUGACGACAACUGGUAGUUAUCUGUACUGUGUGUAUGAAUCGGGAAGGAGGUACAUUGUUGAUAUUGAGCGUGACACGUGUAGCUGUUAUCGGUAUCAAAUUGAUGAAAUUCUGUGUGCACAUGCAAUUGCGGUUUUGAAGAGUAUAAAUAUAGAUGUAAAAGAGUAUGGGCGUUACUAUUCAGAACUGUACCGUCCAAACACCAUUGUCAAGAUGUAUGAACUCCCCAUAAUUUUAUGCCAGAUAUGA